CAGCAGCAGAUUUUGAAACACGAAGCUGAAAAUUUCACAGCAACAUGUAGUUUUCAUUUUCAAGAUAAAGAAAUAAUUUCUAUUUCCCACAUCCAAAUUCCAGUCAAAUUUACUUGAGACACAAACUGAUAUCAUCUAGAUUCCGGCAGAAGAACAUUCAUCAAGUUCAGCCCUAUGAUAUUGAUGAGUAACAGUCCACCCAACACAGUCUAGUGUGUCAACACUCAACAAGAGAAAUGUUGUGCUCAAUUUCAUUCCCCAAACAAAAACUCCAUUUUCAACUAAACAACACACACAUUUCAAACCACCCUCCAACAAUUAAACGACUACAACUCCCUUCAAUUUCUUGUGUCCGAUCCUCAAAUCAACUCAUUCUCACAUCCCAGUUAAGCAAUUACACUGGGAACCCACCAACUUCUCUAACUCUCCAAUCAAAACCCACUAAUUUUUCACCCAAAACAUUUGCUCCUCUUCGUUGUGACAUCUCGUCGAACAGUUAUGAAACAAACAACAACCGCAGUUUUCGGGACUGGAUUGAGUUGAUCGGUGAAGCAAUAUCCACUGCAUUUCCGAUAUGGGUAUCUUUGGGUUGCUUGUUGGGUUUGGUGAAGCCAAGUUCCUUCAACUGGAUCACGCCAAAAUGGACCAUUUUUGGUAUCACUCUCACCAUGCUUGGUAUGGGCAUGACUCUCACUCUUGAUGACCUACGUGGCGCUUUUUCCAUGCCCAAGGAGAUUAUUUCUGGCUUUGUACUUCAGUACUCGGUGAUGCCAAUAUCAGGGUUUCUUGUGAGCAAGCUCUUAAAUCUGCCAUCGCAUUUUGCAGCUGGUUUAAUUUUGGUUGGUUGCUGCCCUGGUGGUACAGCAAGUAACAUUGUCACUUAUAUUGCACGUGGUAAUGUGGCACUUUCAGUGUUGAUGACAGCAGCGAGCACCCUAUCAGCUGUGGUGAUGACCCCUUUUCUCACAGCUAAACUUGCUGGACAAUAUGUUGCGGUAGAUGCAGCAGGGUUAUUAAUGUCCACAUUGCAGGUUGUUCUUCUUCCUGUACUGGCUGGUGCAUUUCUAAACCAGUAUUUCCCAAGCCUGGUUAAGUUUGUCUCUCCUUUGAUGCCACCCAUUGCUGUGGGAACUGUUGCUCUACUGUGUGGGAAUGCAAUUGCCCAGAGUGCUUCUGCAAUUCUAAUGUCUGGUCAACAAGUGGUUCUUGCUGCGUUUCUUCUUCAUGCAUCUGGAUUUUUCUUUGGUUAUGUACUUGCAAGGGUGCUUGGGAUUGAUGUAGCAUCUUCAAGGACCAUCUCUAUUGAGGUUGGUAUGCAGAACUCGGUGCUUGGAGUUGUUCUUGCCACUCAACACUUCGGAAAUCCUCUCACCGCGGUACCAUGUGCAGUUUCCAGUGUCUGUCACUCAAUCUUUGGAAGCGUCUUAGCAGGAUUUUGGAGACGCAGUGCACCCUCACCCAAGCAAAUGCAAGAUUGAAAUCACAUAUUAAAAUUUUAUAUAACCUUUAAAUAACUCUCGAAUCAUUUCCCUUCCCUUCUAGUAUUUGAAAUGUAUAAUUAGUCAUGUGGUGAUUUCCCCGAACAUAAACAUCUGAGGUAGAUGCAUUGUCAUUCUUCAUUUGUAGAGGUAAUGUACGGGCAUCUUACCUCUACAAAUGGGGUGUGUUUGUUUUGUUAUUUUGGAUAUGAUUUUUGAAAUAGUAUUGAGGA